AUGAAAACAUCAGGAUAUAAAGCCAACAAAAUUGGAUCCGUAUCGUCGUUAUGGACUCGAGAGGAUAAACAAAAUUUAGGGUGCAUGGCAAAGGUUUUGCUUGAAUUGGGUCGUGCUGAAUACUUGCAAUCGUUGGGUUAUAAGAUCAGUGUUUAUCGAUAUGUUGAUUUCUGUCUGUCACCCGAGAAUUUACUCAUUGUUGGUACUAGAUAUGAUAAUGCUGAUUUAUCAGUUUGA